AUGGGUACCGGAUCCUUUCGAUACUACCUGCUUCUCAGUGUCGUCCUGGCGAAGGCCUGCGUAUCUCGCUCUUUUGGUCUUGUCCAGAACAGCUACCGAAUCGUUGGGAUACCAGGUGCCGGGACACAGCUACUACCAGAAUCAUACAUUAAAGGGAUCCGGCGAUGGACGCUCGAUGACUCGGGAAACGACUUGGUUGUAGUGCCGAAUAGCCCUGGUUUGACGAACCCGAAAAGAGAUUUGCAAGGUCAGCGGAUACAAAUUAGGCCCACGCUGGACGUUCUAGUGAAAAGCGGUGUGCCAUCAUACGUCAUGGCUGGUCUACAAGUGCGGCACGAAAAGGCUGACGAGGAGGAUCAAUCGAGUCAAGCGCUGGAGCCUCCCUUGACGGCGGAGCAAUGGACCACAUUUGCCAUGGCUGUCGAUCCAAGCUUUCGUAUCGCUGUGUACAUGGGACCUUCGGAUGGAACCGACGACCGAGUUGCGAUGGCUGAUCACGAUCUAAUCCAACAUGCUCUGGAAAGAUUGGGGCUCUUUUUGUCACAGGCCACCGAAGAGCUCUCGGGUGGCUUUCACAUUGUCGCGUUGCCUUUGGAGGUCUCUUGGACGCGGUGUAGUGUCAAUUCUGUAGACGACAUUUUAACGUGUCUGGCCACGGCCGAACCUGAUGCUCGUGAAUUGUUAACACUGGAUCAGGGCCUGGUAGAAAUGACGGCGUCGUCAGUGUUGCAGGUGACACUUUCUGAUUUGUGA